AUGAUUCAAGAAGAGCCAAGUGGCUCAAUUCGGAGUCUGCCAUGGCUUAUCUGGGUUGUGGUCGUCUUUGGGUCAAUUUCUUCCGCUGGCUUUAGAUUUGACCAAGGAUGGUGGGGAGCCCUAAUGAGCUCUUCUCAAUUUAUUCAAAACUUCGGAUCUUCCAACCCUGUCACUGAGGAAUGGACUCUUUCCUCCCAACAGCAGUCAUUAGGAACUGGCCUUAGUUACGUCGGGGUUAUCAUUGGAGUCUUUAGUGGUUCGCCGAUCAAUGAACGCCUUGGAAGAAGGAAUACCUUGUAUAUCCAAAGUGCUGUGGUGACAAUUGGCAUUAUCAUCGAAUCAACUGCUCAGAGACACUACGUCCAGUUUCUAAUUGGCAAGCUUCUUGUCUACCUAGGUGGUGGGAUUGCAACCAGUGUCAUCCCUGCCUAUCAAGGAGAAUUUGCCCCGAAAUCCAUGCGUGGUUUGAUGGUGGGAACAUACAAUGCUUUUCUUAUGAUCGGUGGCUUCCUCGCCACACUAAUCGUCUAUCUCAGCCAACAUAUAUCUGGGGACUGGGCCUGGAGGGACUACUGA